UGUGUGUAUAUCUGUGUGUAUACACACUCUAUACUAAAUAUAUAUAGUUGUAUGAAUAUAUAUUUAAAUGAAUUUGGACAUGAUGAAAUGUUCAGUGCAGAAAUGCCUGAACUCUCUUUAGAAGUUACAUGCCCUGUCCCCUCUGCUAGAGGCUAAUGUCUCCACAGCCUUGCUGAAGCCUGUUUCAAUUAAUCUAACUUUGUACCAGUGGAUAUGAGGAGUAUUUGCACUUCAGUUUUGCUGUAGCCACCUCCUGAGUAACUCUAUUACAUGUUUUCUUUUUCUUUUGUUACUUGUGCUUUUGUGCCAUGUAUAAUAGAAAAUAGAUUGCACAAAACCUUUUUUUAAAUUUUUUUGCAAGCAGGCAGAGAGGAGUAUGGUGAAGUUUAUUUCAAAUCAAAUUAUUAAAGGUAACUAUAGUUAGCUUAAUACAUUCCAUCAUUGUUGCAUUUGAGUAUUUUUGUAAUCAAUUUUGGAGAUGCUUAGAUCCCUGCUCUGCUUUGCCUAAAUGUUUAUGUUCAAAAGGAGGAAGCCUCUUGUUUCUUGGAAGAAGUGCUUUCCUUUUCUCAUGCUAUUCCACUGAAGAGUUACAGGUUGACAGAAAAGGCUUACGUGGCUAUUUCCUUUUUCUUCAUGACAAAGUCUCAGAAGAUUAUCGCAACUAUGCAAACGGACCUGUCAAAGUGUUGAGUCCAAACCAAUCAGUACCAACAGCAUAUAUUGUUAAAGGGGAAAAUCUAGGGGUUUCUACCUGUAGUAGAGAAAGGAAUGUGGAAGACCUAAGGUAAGCCAAGCUCAUUUUUCCUUCCCAAACUGCUGUUUGCACCCCAGUUUCUCAGUGGAGGCUCUGCAAAGUAUGGCAUUGCCAACACUUUCAACAAUAUAUCAUGAAGAAUUCUACAGUAAUAAGUAAUGUUUCCCUUAAAACACAAAUGAAGCAUAGGAAAAUCAGGAGAUUAAUAGUUUCCAAUGAACCUUAAGCCUGUUUCUUUACAAUAAUUAAAUAUUUAUCAUUAGUUUGGAUGAUAAAACACACCGUAACUAUGCGGACUUUUGGCAGCAGUUUCCUCAGCAGGGUAGGUGCUUUGAAUUUGACCCCUUCACCUGCCUCUUCCCAGUUAUCUGAGGAUAAUUUCUGCAUACCUGCUGUUGGGUGUGAUACUUACUUAGGAUGUCAGGAACUGAGAGGCACCUAGUUUCUAGAUGAAUGCUUUUUUUUUUUUUAUUGAAUGUAGCCUUAGAUGGCUAAUUUUGGAAAGGAUCAGAACUGCUCUGGAGGCAGUUGUCUUGCUGGCUCUCCUGAUGUCUUCAAAGGCAAGUUGAAAUGUUGCACCAUCAUUUCUUCUAGAUGAGAUCACUCAUCCUUAAGCAGCUUCAGUCCUUCUUCCCCUUUUUAUUAUAACUGAAUUUUUUCAAAUGGUGGGGUCAAAAAUUCAGAAAAACAGAACCAAAUGCUAUGAUUUACAUCUGCUGUACUUUUUUCCUUUUUUUUUUAAGAAAUACUUAGCCCUACUGAUUACAGUUUAGUAAUUUUUUUCUGUAAAAUGUGUGUUUGAUACUAGAAAGCAGACUUUUUUUACUUUUUUUUUUUUUAAACAAUAGUGAGAUUAGGAUCUAAUCUGUUUGGGGCUUUUUUUUUUUUUUAAAAAAAAGGUAAGUAGGUGGGGUCAAGCAGUUUUUGUGGUUUGCCAUGUUUCAUAUUAGAGUGAAGAGCUCAGCUAGGGCUCUUUUACUGGCACAACUGAUGAAGAGAGGUUUGCAUUUCAUUUGAAUAUAAGCGGACAGCCAGACAUGAUUCUUUCUACCUAUCACACCAUCCAGUCUGUUUUCUGCUGCUGCUGCUGCUGCUGCGCAGUGCAAAAAAGAGCAAUGAGAACAAACAUGAACCUGGACCCUGAUACUGGCCUCAUGACCCAGUACUCAGCCUCGCAAUUAGGUGUUUCCUAUGCAUCCACUCAGAAGUGCAGGCGUAAGAGGCAAUUGCAGUUAAAGAACAAGCCGUUACCUCCUCUACCUGCCGGGGCCUUGGAAGACUACACAAAAAACCCCAGAGUUAUUGCACUCUAUGACUUUUUUGCUAGAGGACCCUCAGAUUUACCACUCAAGAAGUCAGAAGAAUACAUUAUCCUCGAACGGUAUGAUCCCCACUGGUGGAAGGCAAGAGACCAACAUGGGAAUGAAGGUCUAAUUCCCAGCAACUAUGUUACUGAGAACAAGAAAAGUGAUUUAGAAACAUAUGAGUGGUACUGCAAAAACAUAAAUAGAACCCAGGCAGAACUUCUCUUGCGCCAGAAGUCCAAAGAAGGCUCAUUUGUUGUCAGAGAUUCAAGCCAACAGGGACUUCUUACGCUGUCCAUGUAUUCACGGGCUAAAGGAAGUCAUAGUGGAGAUAUUCGACAUUAUCAAAUUAAGAAAAAUCACUCAGGACAAUAUUAUGUAGCAGAGAACUAUCUCUUUUCAUCUGUUCCUGAACUCAUUGAGUAUCAUCAACACAAUGCUGCAGGUCUUAUCACUCGCCUCCGACAUCCAGUUGGAUCAGCUGGAUGUUCUUCAUCAGCAACAGCAGCAUUGAGUUACGAGAAGUGGGAAUUAAACCCAUCUGAACUGACAUUCAUGAAAGAACUUGGUCGUGGGCAGUUUGGAGUUGUUCAGCUCGGUAAAUGGAAAGCAACCAUCAAGGUUGCCAUCAAAACCAUCAAUGAAGGUGCGAUGUCUGAAGAUGAUUUCAUCGAGGAGGCCAAAGUGAUGAUGAAACUCUCCCACCCGAAGCUGGUCCAGCUUUACGGAGUGUGCACACAUCACAAACCUCUCUACGUUGUGACUGAAUUCAUGGAAAACGGCUGCCUGCUCAAUUACCUUCAGCAAAGGCGAGGGAAACUCGGCAGAGACAUGCUGCUAGGCAUGUGCCAGGAUGUGUGUGAAGGGAUGGAAUACCUGGAAAGAAAUAGCUUUAUUCACCGUGAUUUAGCUGCAAGAAACUGUUUAGUCAACGCGGAGCACAUCGUUAAAGUAUCCGACUUCGGCAUGGCAAGGUAUGUCAUCGAUGACGAAUAUAUCAGCUCUUCAGGUGCCAAGUUUCCAAUCAAAUGGUCAUCUCCUGAAGUCUUCCAUUUCAAAAAAUAUAGCAGCAAAUCAGAUGUCUGGUCAUUUGGUGUACUGAUGUGGGAAGUUUUCACAGAAGGCAAAAUGCCUUUUGAAAGUAAGUCAAAUUCUGAAGUUGUCCGUGAGAUUUCUCAGGGUAACCGACUUUAUCGACCAUAUUUGGCAUCAUAUACUGUGUACAAAGUCAUGUACAGCUGCUGGCAUGAGAAACCUGAAGGACGUCCUACUUUUGCAGAGUUAAUAGAGACCCUAACAGAUAUAACAGAGAUGGGAUAAUCAGAGAUUUUACAACAAUAUGUUUACUGAAAGGUUAGCAUGAAGCAUGUCAAUAAUGUAGCUAGUAGAGAAAACCUCAGCCUUUUACAGCAGGCUCUACUUAAAUCGCAGUACCAGCAUCCUACAUAUUGAAGCAGCUGUUUGGGCUUGGCCUAAUUUUUACUUAUUUGAGAAAGAUACCUCAGGAGGCUGGUUCGGGACUCUCAAGACUUUGUUUUCAUGAUUAGGGAGAAAAAUCUCCUGUCUGAAAAGAAGUAACUAAGCUUACUCACCUUAUAGGCCUUUUUAUUUAUUCUUUUGGUCAGAGCUACGCUAAUUCCUGCAACGAUAUUAUUAAAUUAUUUGGUACUUACUAUGACUCAUGCACUGGGGAAUACUGAUUGGCAGCAGCAAAUAUGAUGGAAGAACCUCUGAUAAAGCUCUAACUAGGUAAUUUUUAAAGGCAAGCCCUUUUGCGCCGCAAAGCAUCCAGCACCAAAGAAAUGGAGCAGUGUUUCAGAAGGGGUGGCAAGCUAACGGACCAGCUGCGGGAGCAGCGCCCGCGCGUGUACCCAUACCCACUGCUGUGGAUAAAGGCAGGCAAAGGGAGCAGUCAUCAUUUAGCAGCUCCCAAGUCACCUCUGAGCAGUUGGAAAGACUGAGCAUCCCUGAAGACCCACCCUGCAUGGUGGGCCAGGGUGUCUUCUCUACCAAUUCUGUAUAAAAGGAGAGUAAGGAUUAUUUUAUCCAAACCUCUCCCACAAUUUUCCAGUAUUAUCUCCCAUUCCUCGCCUGCUGCUGCUUACUCAGACUCCCACGCUUGCCUUGGUCCUCCCCGUGUCAGUGCCCAGAAUGGUUGAUUGAUAGACAAAUUAAAGCUGGAACCUGACAGUAAAAUGAAGUGCUUUGAAUUAGUCUAGCUCACAUGGAUCCUGUGAUACCUGACAUGGACAAUGCCUUUAACCCUACUUCUUAUGUAAUUAUUCACUUUUAAUUUUAAAUCUUAAUUGUGGUCAAUACAAAUAUAUUAUAGAGAAGAAAAGGCAGAUGAAGUUCGUAACUGUUUAAUAUAAAAUAGUCAGAUCAUUACAAAUAAAUAGGUUCUUUAAAA